AUGUCGGCACAGCGCGCCCUGGUGGUGUCCUCCGGCAUGGCAGCCUUGGAUGUGAUUACAAGACUUCUCCGCCCCGGUGACGAGGUGGUCACUGGUGACGACCUCUACGGUGGCACCAACCGUCUGCUUAAGUACCUCUCGACCAACGGUGGAAUCAUCGUGCACCACGUCGACACCACAGAUCCCGAGAAGGUCCAGGAGGUCCUGAGCUCGAAGACAACCAUGGUCCUGCUCGAGACCCCCACAAACCCCCUGAUCAAGAUCGUCGAUAUUGGAAAAAUUGCCACCGCCGCCCACGAGGCCAACCCCGCCUGCAUUGUCUCUGUUGACAACACUAUGAUGUCUCCCCUUCUCCUAAACCCACUCGACUUUGGCGCCGAUGUCGUUUACGAGAGUGGCACUAAAUAUCUCUCCGGUCACCAUGAUCUGAUGGCCGGUGUCAUUGCCGUAAACGACUUGCAGCUCGGAGAACGCCUAUACUUCCCGAUCAACGCAUCAGGAUGUGGCCUGUCGCCGUUUGACUCUUGGCUGCUACUGCGCGGUGUGAAGACGUUGAAGGUCCGCAUGGACCAGCAGCAGAGCAAUGCUCAGCGCAUUGCUGAGUUCCUUGAGUCGCAUGGCUUCAAGGUGCGCUACCCAGGUUUGCGGUCCCACCCGCAGUACGAACUUCACAACUCCAUGGCGCGGGGCGCCGGUGCUGUGCUCUCGUUCGAGACUGGUGACACGGCCAUUAGCGAGCGCAUUGUGGAGAGUGCCAAGAUUUUUGCUAUCAGUGUCAGCUUUGGCUGUGUCAACAGUCUGAUCAGUAUGCCGUGCCGUAUGAGUCAUGCUAGCAUUGAUGCGAAGACACGGGCGGAACGCGCUUUCCCCGAAGACUUGAUUCGGUUGUGUAUUGGUAUUGAGGAUGCCGAUGACUUGAUUGACGACUUGCAACGAGCGUUGGUGCAAGCUGGUGCGGUCAACGUCACUAUGGAUGGGAUUGAAGCCCGUUAG